GGCAGGGAGGUGGAUUUGAACCCGGGAUCUCCGGAUUACAAAUCCAGCGCCCUGACCACACGGCCACGCCGCCUCCGCAAUUUGCAUGUCCGCCCCUCCUAAUGGUUCUCCUCAUUGGCUGAGCACUGCUCCAGGAAAUAUCACAAUACUUAGUACGUUUUCCGUGGUCUAUGUUUUUAGGUUCUUAAAUUCAUGCCUUAAUUCUAUGAUAUUAAAAUCCUUCACAUACGAUUGAAAUAUAAUUAAGUUGACUUUAAAAUAUGAAACGUCAAGUAUUACAGUGUUUCCUUCUUUGUUUUGUCCCAAAACGUGUGCACUUGUAUUCUGCCCAAAUGUGCUUUCCAGAAAAAAACUACAAUUUAUUUUAUUGAGCAAGCGCCACGUGCUGCAAUAGGUUGUGCCACGUGAUUUUUUUGUGUCAAGGGUUGAACACGUGAGGUAAAUUAACGUAGCACGAGCAAUAUAUCGAAGUUAUUGACUGGUCUGCGGCUGUGUUUGAAUUGUUGAACUUUCUCGCCGCUGUGACGCUGGCAAAAUAAACAUCUUAUUUCCGUCAUCCAAAAAAAUGUUUACAGAGGUCCAGUAUGUAGGAAGAAUAGAAAAUUAUUUGCUGUUUUACCGAGAGUGUACAAACAGAAAAGUUAAUGCAAAAAAGAAAAUCGAGGUGAAAGAAAAAAAUACAAACAGAAAGAUUUGUUUUCCUCUUGGUUCUCUGGUCUCUCAGACGUGAGACGGCUCACGAAUUUAAUUAAAAGGCCGAGGAGAAAAUCUUAUUAUUAGUUGGCGGUAAUUUCUGAAGAGCAUAAACGUGUCACUGGAAAUCAGAUCACCGGAAUAGACUUAAUAUACAGAAUCCAAUUUUGAGUCCCAGUUAAUAUACGUAUGUGCGCAUUUAAGAUUUGAAAAAUUUACACAUUUUCAUUGGUUUUCUAUCGUUUGAUAACGUCGUUGAGAGUUUUUUAACCUGGAUAAAGAUUUUUUUCCCUUCACUGUUUUUUUUUUUGUCUUUUUACGUUAUCAUACGUGCAGAAAUUGUUAAUGAAUUUUUACCGAUGAAAACAAAUAAUUUUAAAUUUCAUGAAUAAUAAACAAUGUCAGUGUAAUUUUCGUCGGCUUGUCAGUGCAUGACUUAAUUUCCAAUUUUAGUCCACAAACAAGUUGAUGAGGCCACUGUGAUAUGGCCAAUCAAAAAUACUCUUGCUUAAGAAUUUCAUUGCUAAUAAAACACAGACGGAACUAGAGCUAAGAAAUCUGCCUAACCUGUCAGAAUCAAAAAAAAAAAACUUCUAACUUUUUUUUUUAAUUUCCACUCGGUUUUUACUGGAUCAGAAGCAAGCCAACUGAAUUCCCAAGAGGAUUGUCUCGUUGGAAAGGUUUUAAUGAAUAACCAAAACAAUAAAAUUUUACAGGAUUUAUUUUUAAAAUAUCAAGUUUUUAAUAUUUUUCUAAACAUCAAAUCCAUUUGUCAUUAACUUCGGUUGCUUGAUACUUUGACAAGCCGAGACAAAGAAAAGACGGCGUGAAUUGAUGUGAAAAUUGUUGAGAAAAUCUAAACAGAGGGCCAGAUGUCAUAAAGUCAACAGUAAAAGGUUACAAACGUGCUUAGCGCUGGAGUGAACAAACACCGAACAAAAGAAAAGAUUUGAUCAUUCAGUCUCCUGUGUGGUUUUUUUUAGCAGUUUUUCAUCAGGAUAUAUAAAUGAAGCGGUUUUAAUUCACGAAUAUCGUGUUAACGUGACCUCGCAACAUGCUGUCGUCAGUUAUCCAUUAGCCAAUGUAGCGGGGUUUUUAAUCCGGGCAAUUACACGUCACAGUUAUUGCUCGAUACUGUACAACUGUACAAGUAAUUUUGAUCAAGAGUCCGUGUCUAAUCUGUAACACAACGAGGUCUGUAGCAAAACGAAUAAACCAUUCUUUCGCCUGUAUAACACCAUGCUUAUCAACAACACUACAGUGGAUCACACUGGACUUAGUUCUCAAGUUCGUAUCCUGGAGGGGGUCGGAUUAUCAUUCGUUCUUCUGGUCUCCUUGACGUUAAACCUCGCUGUUUGUACAAUUAUUUGGCGGACGAAAGUGUUACGAAACAAGCCAGCCAAUACAUUUGUGGCGAAUUUGUGUAUCGCUAAUCUUCUCUUGACCGCCUGUGUGAUUCCAUUUAGCUUGGUGACCAUUAUUCAAGACAAACACGCCGCAUAUUCAAGACUUCUUUGCCAGGUAAAUGGUUUCAUCAGCGUGGUAUCGAGUGUUGGAAUUGUGAUGACGCUUUGCUGCAUAAGUUUGGAUCGAUAUAUUGCAGUCACCAGGCCAACACGCUACAAGACCAUUGUCACGGUCAAACGCGCCUGCUACACCUUGCUCGUGGUCUGGGGACAAGGUUUACUGUACGCCACUUUUCCAUUGUUUGGGUGGUCCAAAUACGAAUAUCAUCCGGGAACUUUGCACUGUUCUCCAGCCUGGACACAAGACUGUGCACUGUAUAUCUACCUAGCUGUUGUGGGAUUUAAUAUUCCUAUUGCUGUGAUGGGUUUUACAUAUAUUCGCAUUUUUUUCGUUAUUCGAAAACACUCUCGUAAGGUGUCAACCAUCAGGCGGACGAAAAAAAAGGCGAAGAAGAACGACUGCAAAUUGAUUUCGCUGACACAAAGACUGAAUGUGAAACCAAGCUUGAACCAAAAUUCUGCAAAUGAAGUCAAGUUCCCCGUAGAAAAGCUCAAGUCCAAAGAAGAGCAAACAAUAUUUAGCUCGAACAUGGAACUUUCACCAUUUGACAGUUGUGCCAAGCAAUUCGAAUUGAACAUUAAAAAUGGUGAGCCAAGCGGAUUGUAUGUGCAAGAAGGAGAAAAAAUUGACAUCUCCACAGAACUGCCAUCUUACAACACGUGUUGUGACGUUUCAAACGCAGGCGAGCAGUCCUCGGCGCCAGUAUCGCAAAAUACCAGCAGUGAGCCUUCAAGCAGUGGCCAGCAGACCAAGCGUGGCAAAAUUUGUUGUGGAGAAAUGCUCAGAAACAUUUGGCCGCGAAAGCGCAGGCGCGAGCAGCGUCCUCUGUCCAGAGAGUACAAAGUAGCCAAGACUGGAGUUCUGUUAUUGCUUCUUUUCAUUGUUCUGUGGUUGCCAUAUAUGGUAGUGCACAUCUGUUCCGCCAGAGUGCAUGCGCCACAGACAGUUAUCCGCUUGACAAUGUGGCUCGUGUUUAUGAACGGUGUUUUGAAUCCCGUAGCGUAUGCCUUGUGCAACUCCACAGUGAAGAUGAAGUUUGAACAAAUGUUUUUGACGGUUUUUUCUUUGUGCUGCAAGUGUCGGCGAUUGGAGGGAGCGAGAGCCAACUUUCGCAUGUCAGAAACUAUGAACGGGAUGUCCAGCACUGCGUUGUGCCUGGCGUCCAUCUCAACCUUGUGUUGUAUCAGCGCCGAUCGAUACUUGGCCGUGGUCAAACCAAUGCGCUACAAACACGUGCUGACUCCAAGGAGAGCGUUAUGCAUGCUAGCACUGGUGUGGCUGGGUUCUCUGUCCCUCUCUUGUCUGCCUUUAAUUACGACCUAUGAGUACCACCCUGGGACAAACUUCUGUUCGCCAGCAUGGCAUCGAAGCUGUGGGUUGUACGCAUUCAUGACCGUUUUUGCAUUUGGAGUUCCUUUAAUAACUCUUCUCUCCACCUAUGGCAUGAUUUUCGCCUCAAUACGCCGGCAUACUAAGAGAGUUUCCCACUGGAGGACUUCUACAAACGGCUCAAACGGGAAACGGGACAGCCCGCGCGUAACAGAUAUCACGGGUCGGGAGUUCGAAUCGUUUCUUUCUAACUCAGGUGUCGAAGAAGAGAAAAGCAAUUUUAAGAGAGUGAAAGAAGCUUGCACUGAUCACAGCGUACCAGAUAAUUCAAUCGGUGAUUUAAGAGCUCAUGUAUGCGAGGCGGAAUCGAUCAAGGCUAAAGUUUCUGAAAGACAUCACGACAAAAAGUUUAGGUCGCAUUCAGCGGGAUGUCAGCAUACUAGAACAGACGAGAAUCUUCUGCCGCUUUUUGUGCAAAUGAAAUCAGCGGCAAAAGUGAUAACUAGCGAUGAAAGCCCGGAUGAGCCGGCUAGACCCAGGUCCUGCUCGGUCAGCGUGCAGUUUUCCAUCAACGGAUUGGUACCAGGGACAGUGUCUGCGUUUUUCUGUCCAGCAGAUAACUCGACGGAUCCGGGACAAUUAACCAGAUCCGUAAGUCUAAGUUAUCGCAACUUACACUCAAUCGACCCAAAUAAUCUGAUCUCUUCAGAGCCACACGCUCAUUCCGCUGCUGAUCAAGUACCACAUCAACCUAGCGAGUGCAAAGUCAAUAGAAUACCUUCACAUUCAAUCAGCUUAACGGUAACAACUGCUUCAAACCCUGUAAGCCCGGACUUAAAUGUUCCAUCUUCUUUCUCAAUAAAUGGAUUAACGCCACAAACACAAGAUGAUCGGUGUAUCGGAAAGGUACAUUUAAUUACGCGACGUUUAGAAAAAUCGAAGACCGAGUCAAAUUCCAAUACCAGUAAAAAGAAUUCUAACCAUCUACAGCUACCGCCUGUUAAAAUUCCUGUUGAUCCUGUUUAUCCCGUUCAGCUUGGAAAAGCAAGUUUACCAGAACUAGUUCCGCGACCGAAAUCUCGCUCUAGAUCUCUUAGCUUCGGAACACUGGCAGAGAGGUCUGAGCUGGAUUCCACCUCACUCAAAGUACCUGCGGCAAAUAAGACAAGCUCACCUCUGUUGAGACUUCGCGCCAUUUCUAAGUUUAAGAGCAAACUUCGGGUGAGCUCAAUCCCGCGCGAAUACAAGAUUGCUAAAAUCGGGUUCAUUCUUGUGUUAGUGUUCUUUUUAUCCUGGGGUCCUUACGUGAUGGUGCAUAAUUGCCAACCCUCUUCCGAGACCCCGUUGUGGGUGUACAGGAUGGCAAUGUGGCUGGUGUACUUGUCAUGUGUACUGAACCCUAUUGUGUAUGCCUUAUCAAGUAAACACAUAAGAACAGCUUUUAGCAGUCACAUGAAAUGUUGUAAAUUACUUCACAGCAGGAAAUCAAAAAAUGUCCGUCACAGAGCAGUAACACUAACCUGACUCUGGUAGCCUCAAGUAGUCACUGCAGUGGGUGAGAAGGCGAUGAAAAGAUCGCGCUAUAUGAGCACUGAUUUAUUGGGUUUGCUUCUUUGUUAGCUCGUUGAUCUUUAUUUGGACGAAAAAUCCUCCAAUAUGGUGACUCAACAUAAUGUAGUGACUUACGUCGCGCGAGCCAAUUCCUCGAAUAAAGAUAUAAUCUCAGCGGUUUGUUCUACAUGAAAAACAAGUUCGUUUCGCGAUAACGUGCGCCGCAUUGCUUUAAAUACCAGUUUCCUGCGGAGAGAAUCCCUUGCCCCCUUUGUCAAAGGAACUACGCCAUGGUUUACGCAUCAUGAAAAGUUUAGCCUAAAUUUUUCAAAUUCGUCUUUUGAAAUCCGUG